AUGGACGCCUCAUUUUCAUCAGAUGUACAUAUAGACUUCAAUCAAACUUAUGUAAAUGGACAUUUUUUCUCUGAGAACAGCACCGAUGGCUAUGGCAUCACCAUGGGAAUUCUCUACCUAGUGGUUUGCAUCCUGGGGCUAACUGGAAACACCUUGGUCAUUGUCGCCAUUUUGAAACUGGACAAAAUGUCAUCUUCCACAACAGUGUACAUUUUCAACCUGGCCCUGGCUGAUGGACUCUUCAUGGUUGGUCUUCCCUUUAUUGCGAGCCAAAAAUUCCAGGACCACUGGGUUUUUGGUGACAUGGCAUGCAAAGUGGUCAUGGUGCUAGACGGCAUCAACCAGUUCACUAGCGUCUUCUGUCUGACAGCAAUGACCAUUGACCGCUACAUGGCACUGGCUGACCCACUCCGGUUCGUGCGUUGGAGAAUGCCAAACUGUGCCAAGAUUGUCUCUGCGUUCCUGUGGCUGUUUUCACUCCUAACCAUUCUUCCCAUGGCACUUCACUUCUCGACUGAUCAGGGCCUGUGUAUACUAGAGUUUGCGUCAAACACCUGGCAGCUUGGCGUCCUCUCUUACACCUUUGUCUUGGGGUUUGCUUUACCAUUCAUGGUCAUGAUGGCCUUCUACGUGGCGCUGUUGUUUACCCUGAGGUCCCAGCGACUCAGAGCCUUGACGCCAAACAAUGAGGGCCACCGGCUAGAGCAUCAAGUCACUAAAAUGGUGGUGUCAGUAGUGGUUGUGUUCGGCAUGUGCUGGCUGCCAUUUUAUGCCUUCAACUUCUGCUCCGUGCUUCAAAGUGAUCCGUUCCCUACCUUUACCAGAGCUUUUGAGUUUGUGGUCCUGUUGUCGUACUCGUGGAGCUGUGCUAACCCCAUCCUCUAUGCCUGCCUAUCCAACACCUUCAGGAGGCACUUCCACACCCUCCUCUGCCUCACUGACAAGUCAUCUCCCAGCAUGCAGUGCAACACUGAACAGUGUGACUUAAAUGACACAGGUAUGCUUGAUGUUUCCAAUCUGGCAUAGAGAGAAGACAAAAGUCUGACCACCA